AUGGCGGCCAACCACUGGAACCCUGGGCUGCACAAAGAUGUCUCCUACCACCCAAAGGACCUGCUGCGAGGGGUCACCUCAAGGCGGCGCGCCAGUCUGGGCUCAGACGCUGCUCUGGAUGCAGACGCGGACCGCGACCCAGAGAUGCCUGUGGAUGACUACGAGGAGCUGUACAGGGUGGCACUGGAGCGCGCCAGCACAAUGGAUCGGCCGGGGGCAGAUGGCGGUGAGGGCAGCGGCUUCACAAAGCUGGACCUCAAGCGUCUGAGGCGCACCCACAGACAGCUCAUUGUCGACCGCGCGCUGCAGACAUCGGAUCAGGACAACGAGGCGUUCCUGCGCAAGUUCCAGGACCGAAUCAAGAGGGCUGGGGUGGAUGUGCCGACGGUGGAGGUGCGUGCGGAUGGGCUGAGCGUGGACAGCAGCGUCUACGUGGGCGGCAGAGCAGCCCCGACGCUCAUCAACGCCUACCGCAACUUCAUCGAGGACGUGCUGAUCCGGCUGCGGGUGAAGAAGACUGACAAGCGCCCCUUCAACAUCCUCAACAACGUCAACGCAGUGCUCAAGCCGGGUCGGCUGACAAUGCUGCUCGGGCCUCCAGGCGCAGGGAAGACGACGCUGCUAAAGACUCUGGCUGGAAAAUUGCAGAAGGAGCCAUCGCUCAAGGUGACAGGGCAGGUGACAUACAAUGGGGAGACCUUUGACAAGUUCUUCCCGGAGCGCACUGCAGCCUACGUGGACCAGGUGGACCUGCACGUCCCGGAGCUGACUGUACGCGAGACCUUCGACUUUGCCGCACGCGUCCAGGGCACCGGCCUCAAAGCAGACUUCCUGCGGCAGCUGGCGGAGGCCGAGCGCGCAGGCAGCAUCGAGCCAGACGCCGACAUCGACGCGUACCUGCAGGCAUCAGCGGUGACGGGGGCGCGGCACAACCCGGUCACCCACUACAUGAUGCGCGUGCUCGGCCUCGAGGUGUGCCAGGACACUGUGGUGGGCAACAACAUGAUCCGCGGCAUCAGUGGCGGCCAGAAGAAACGCGUCACCUCAGGGGAGAUGAUCGUGGGGCCCAAGUCAACGAUGUUCAUGGACGAGAUCAGCACCGGCCUCGACUCAUCCACCACAUAUCUCAUCGUCAAGUGCGCGCGCAACUUCGUCCACAUGUGCCAGGGCACCAUGCUGAUGGCGCUGCUGCAGCCGGCGCCGGAGGUGUAUGAGCUCUUCGACGAUGUCAUGCUGCUCAGCGAAGGUCACGUACUGUUCCAUGGACCGAUUGGAGAGGUGUUGCCAUUCUUCGAGGGCCUGGGAUUCCGACUGCCAGAGCGCAAGGGCAUCGCAGACUUCCUGCAGGAAGUCACCUCGCCCAAGGACCAGGAGCAAUACUGGGCGGAUCCCAGCCGUCCCUGGAGCUUUGUGCCAGUGGCCACCAUCGCAGAGGCCUAUGAGUCAUCACCGCGCGGCCGAGAGAACGCCGCCGAACUGGCGCGCAGCCGGCCCCCCACAGCAGACAGCAACUUCAGCUUUGCGAGAAUGUACGCGCUGUCUCCGGUGGGGGUGUUUGCCACGCUGUUCCUUCGCGAGGUCACGCUUAUGAAGCGACACAAAUUUGUCUACAUCUUCCGCACCGCCAUCACAGUGGUGAUGGGCUUCAUAGCGUCGACGCUCUUCAUCCGGCCGACGAUGCACCGCAACAACGUGGGGGACGCAUCACUCUACGCCGCUGUCAUGUUCUACUCCCUCGUGCACAUGCUCUUUGAUGGGUUGACUGAGAUGUCCAUCACGAUUGAAAUGCUGCCGGUCUUCUACAAACAGCGCGCCAACCUGUUCUACCCAGCGUGGGCCUUUGGGAUGCCCAUCACAAUUCUGCGGCUGCCCUAUUCGCUUGUGGAGUCCUUCAUCUGGUCCACUAUGCUCUACUGGAUCAUCGGCUUCGCACCAGACGCCGGCAGGUACUUCACGUUCUGGCUGCUGAACUUCCUGUGCCACCAAAUGGCCAUCGGGCUCUUCCGGCUGAUGGGCGCCAUCGGGCGGUCCCUGGUGGUUGCCUACACCAUCGCCUGGCUCAUCUUCCUCCUCCUCAUCCUCCUUUCCGGCUUCGUCCUCUCCAAAAACCGCAUCCCGGACUGGUACAUUGGCGGCUACUGGGCGCUGCCACUGCAAUGGCUGGUGUCGGCGGCACAAGCCAACGAAUUCUCAGACAGCCGCUGGGCCGUCCCUUACCAGUUCAACCCGAGCAUCACCAUAGGUCAGGCUGUGGCGCAGUCGUUAGACUUCCGCAUCAAGCGCGUGUGGGUGUGGGCCGGUAUUGCGGUCGUCAGCGCCUGGAUUGUGGGACUCAACCUGCUCACCAUCCUCGCCCUCAAGCUCUUCCCACGCAAGGGGAUGGUGCUGCCAUUUCAGCCCCUCAACAUGGCCUUCCACCACGUCAACUACUCCGUCGACCUGCCACCCGGGAGCAGUGCGACAGGUGACACGGUGGAGGGAGCCUCAAAGCCGCAGCUGACACUGCUGACGGACAUCAGCGGCGCGUUUCGGCCAGGCGUGCUCACCUGCCUCAUGGGCGUGUCGGGGGCCGGCAAGACCACGCUCAUGGACGUGCUGGCAUCGCGCAAGACAGGUGGCCUCGUCAGAGGGGACAUCACCGUGGACGGGCACCCUAAGGACGCAGCCACAUUUGCGCGUGUCUCCGGCUACGUCGAGCAGUUUGACAUCCAUUCUCCGGCCACGACGGUGCGCGAGGCGUUGAUGUACAGCGCGCAGCUGCGCCUGGUGUUGGAGCUGAUGGAGCUGACUCCUCUGCGCGGUGCGAUAGUGGGCGUGCCGGGUGUGAGCGGCCUCUCCGUGGAGCAGCGCAAGCGCCUGACCAUUGGCGUUGAACUUGUCGCCAACCCCUCCAUCGUCUUCAUGGAUGAGCCCACGUCGGGUCUGGAUGCGCGCGCGGCCGCAAUCGUGAUGCGGACGGUACGCAACACAGUCAACACCGGUCGCACCGUUGUCUGCACCAUCCACCAGCCAUCCAUCGACAUCUUUGAGUCUUUUGACGAGCUGCUGCUGCUGAAGCGCGGCGGGCGCACCAUCUACUUUGGACCCACGGGGGACCGCAGCGCUGAGCUUGUGAAUUACUUUGAAGGCAUCCGCGGAGUGCCACGCAUCGAGGAUGGCAUAAACCCCGCCACCUGGAUGCUCGAGGUGACUGCGAUGGCGUCAGAGGACAAGCUCGGAGUGGACUUCGCUGAUCUGUACGCCAACUCGGGUGUCGCCAGGAGCAACGAUGAGCUGGUGACGCAGCUGCAGGUGCCAGCGCCCGACUCGCAGCCGCUGCGGUUCGACAAGCGCUACCCGCGCUCCUUUUUGGAGCAGUUUUUGAUCAUAAUCCGCAAGAACUUCACGCUGUACUGGCGGCUGCCGGACUACAACGCGGUGCGGCUGUUCUUCACCUGCAUCUUCAGCCUCCUCAUUGGCUCCAUCUACUGGCGCAAGGGCAACAAAACGGACAACGCGGGCAAUAUGCAGAAUGUGUUGGGUGCGCUGCUGACGGCAGCCAUCUUCCUGGGCACCUCCAACGCGUCCACCGUGCAGCCAGUGGUCGACACUGAGCGAUCCGUCUUCUACCGGGAGCGCGCCGCGGGCUACUACAGCGAGCUACCGUUUGCUCUGGCGCAAACUCUGGUGGAGGUCCCCUACCUGCUCGUGCAAACCGUCCUCUACUCGUGCAUCACCUACUUCAUGAUCUACUUUGAGAUAAACGCCGCCAAGUUCUUCUGGUACCUCUUCUUCACGUUCCUGACGCUGUCCUUCUUCACCUACUAUGGCAUGAUGGCCGUUUCCAUCUCGCCCAAUGUCCAGGUGGCGGCCAUAAUAUCGUCGACCUUCUACUCUGCCUGGUUCCUGCUGGCCGGCUUCAUCAUCCCACGCCCCCGCAUCCCCGGCUGGUGGAUCUGGUUCCACUACCUGGACCCGCUGACGUACACGGUGGAGGGUCUGAUAGCAAGCCAGCUGGGGGACAUCCACGACCAGUUAAUCGCAUUUGAGGACGGCAGCACCGCAUCAGUCGCGCGCUACGUCGAGGUGCAGUACGGCUAUAAGCACAAUUUCAUCGGCUACGCGGUGCUUGUGCUCAUCGGCUUCAUCCUGCUCUUCCAGGCCAUCAAUGCCUUUGCACUCAAGAACUUCAACUUCCAGACCCGCUGA